ACUGACGACACCUCAAAAAAGACCUGCAGAUGGGGCUGCCUGUUCGGAGAGCCUUAUGGCCAGUCAAACCUUAGUGAUGUCGAGCCAAUCUCUACUGGAAUGGUGUCAAGAAGCUACGCAGGAUCACAAAGGAAUGAAGAUCACCAACUUUAGCACCUCUUGGAGGAAUGGUCUGGCAUUUUGUGCCAUAUUACAUCACUUUCAACCAGAAAAGAUUAAUUAUGAAAUGCUUGAUCCGUAUGACAUCAAGCACAACAACAGAAAGGCUUUUGAUGGCUUUGCUGAACUUGGCAUUUCCAGGCUGAUGGAGCCGUCAGACAUGGUCAUGCUAACAGUGCCUGACCGCCUUAUUGUCAUGACCUACCUGAACCAGAUACGCACCCAUUUCACAGGCCAGGAGCUCAGUGUGAUUCACAUAGAGAAGGACAGCAGCGAGUCCAGCUAUGCAGUAGCAGGGGACCGGGACACCCAAGACGACCCAGAAGCAACUGUUCGCUACUGUGCCCAAAGGCUCCAGGAAGAGGGUAUAAGUCUUGAGACGAAUGGGACAUCAGGCACUACAGAGAAGGACAGUAAAACCAGUCUGGAUGUGGUUCCACCGCCAAGAACUAAACGGUCGCAGAUUGCUGGUGCAGGUGGGGCCCAGUCUCCUGUUGCACCACCAAGAACAAGUAUUUUGUCCAAGACAGGUUUCUCUCAUGUCAAAGAUGCUGACCUGGUCAAGAAACGAAGGUCACAGCGGAGGAGUGGGUCACUAGAUGAAGGAGAGAUAUCAGUGGUCAUUGCAGGCCAAGAAGACAGUGUAAUUAGCCAGAGGAAGUUGGAUACGGAGAGAACAGACACAGUAGUUGAGGAGGGACGACCAGAAGGCCAGGACCCCAGUCAGUAUGUUCUGAGUCAGAUGGAAGCCCUCGAAGCAGAACAAAAUCAUAUUGAUACUAGAGCAGGUGUGGUUGAGAGGAAACUCCGACAACUACUGGAAACAGGUAGUGACAAGGUGGAGGAGGAGAGGCUGAUUCAGGAAUGGUUUACACUGGUUAAUAAGAAGAAUGCUUUAAUCAGGAGACAAGACCAUCUGCAGCUAAUGCUGGAAGAACAAGACCUGGAAAAAAAGUUUGAGCUGUUAAAUGAAGAGCUGAGAGACAUGAUGGCGAUUGAAGAGUGGCAGAAAACGCAGGCCCAUAAACGCAGAGAGCAGUUGCUGCUACAGGAGCUGGUGUCACUGGUCAACCAGAGAGACGAACUGGUUCACAAUUUGGACGCCAAAGAGAGAGGAGCCCUGGAGGAGGACGAGCGUCUGGAACGAGGCCUGGAGCAGCGGAGGAGGAAGUAUGCUAAGCAGCAGAAAGAGAAGUGUGUGAUGCAGUGAUUGAAAAGCCAUGAAACGCUGGGUCAUUUCUCUGAGAGACGGUGGGGAAAGUCAAGAAUGGGACAGAUGUGUUUGGUCCUCUUCCGCCUGCAGUCAGAUGGAUUUGCGUGGUUUUAAGGCAGCAGCAAGAGCCAAUUAGGCAAAGACCACCAACAUAGCUGAUCCAAGGAUCCGCCUUCCUACAAGAAAGCGCACUGAAGCAGUGGGAGGUGGUGUUGCCUUUCAGGUGGUCCAAAACUCUAGUGAGGUUCUGAGAAAUUUCAGCUAUGUUUAGGCUCUGAAUCAACCUAGUGUUGCUUUAGAGCAUCUCAGCAUGUCGAUGAAGAUCAAGAUGGUUGAUCUGCGGGUAGUGUCACUUCCAUUAAACAAACCCAACUGAAGUUUCAACACCAAGAUUCUAACCCACUCUACAAAAGAGGCCUCGUGCCUCAGAGAGCUGCUUGUGCCUUUUGACUGUUUGCUUUGCUGUUCCUGUGUUGUGUUUUGUAGUGCCUGUUACUGAUUGUGAAUGUGAAGUUUGUUUGAUUGAAAGUUCCGUAAAGAUAUAAGUUGCCAAAAACAGGAUGGUUUAGGGAUGGCUAUCUUAAUGCCACACACCAAUAUUCACAUGUUUGGAUUGGACCUGCUAAUAACCAACAUGGAUUCAUGGUUUUCUGAUGACUGUUACUCAUGACAGGAUGAGAAAGCCCCAAAGGACCCAACAAGUAAAGAAAUAUGCUUUGCCACUGUCUUCCUCUGAUAUGAAUAUAAUGUGUAAAUAUUUUUGCAGCUACUGUUCCUAUCAGCAGGACAAUAUUCUACAAGUGCUUCCAGCGUUACAUGAUAAAAAAUGAUUCACACAUCAAUGUUUUGAUCUGGGUAAGGUCUGGUUCAAUUUGGGCUUAAACUGCUUUAUUGGUGUUGUAGUUAAGGUAACGAAAGACUGUGGCUUGUGUACUUGGAUUAGGUUAUAGAUUGGUUGUGGUCCCGGUUAAAACCAAUGAUAUUGUAGGUGGUAAACCACAAAUAUUAGUGACACAUUUUGAACAUAAAAUGAAUAAACACAGUUGUCUUUCCACAGAAGUUGUGAAAGGCAAGCAUCAUUUUAUUUUUGUCCAGGGUCAUUUAAAAAGAAUUGUAGAAUCUUUCUUUGUGCCUCUCCCUACAGAUUUUUGUAAUUCUUUUGAAUCAUAGAUUACUAUCCCUGUCUAUCUCAUUACUGGUCCGCAUGUGUGACUGCACAGUGUGUAGCUCUCACAAGGUGUGUCUUCAAGGACGUAUGGCAGAAUAAAAAUAGAGAAAAACGAAAAAUAAUAAGUGAACUAAGUCAAUAAGUAUAGUCGGGUUUAAAGCCCUGUCUCUUAGGUAAAGACCCAAGAUUGACCCACUUAUCCACCACAACAUGCUCUUAGUCACUCUUUAUCCUAUCCCACCUGACUUCUCCGACAGAAAGCUAUCUUUGAAAUACAUUACUAGGCAAAAUGUUUUAAGUAGAAUUUGCUAUUACAUAAUAUAUACUGUUUUUAGACUUUCAAAAUCACAUGGAAGACAACAUGAAAAAUGAAGUAAUGUGACCAAUUGCUGUUUGUCUGUGUGGAUAAUUGAAACUUAGUGGAAGAGUGGGACAGCCAAAAACAAACACUGCCGGAGAUAAUAAGUUUAAAAUAUGACUGAACUACCUGUUUUCACUGAUGGAAAAAACUUAGUUAAAUGAUUCUGGCAAGAAAAAAAUAAUCUCUCUUUCCAAGCCCCCGGCUUAUGUGCAGUUCUUUAAGAUGUGCUCUAUUCAAAAUUACAUUGAAAAGUAAGGUUUUAACUAACUAGGUUUUGUGGAGAUACUUUGUGGCGAUGAGCAGAGUUACUGGUAAUAGCCAUUACACUGAGUUGAAUUUUGGUAAUGCCUCCAAGCCGGUGUGCUCAGAUUUAGCUUGAUCUUUUCUCAGUGCUAAAAAUAUGUUUAUCUAUAGGGAAAGAAGAAAGGUAAAACUAAAGUAGUCUGACUUAAGUGUUUGAGACACUAAAAUGUUUUUAUAUCCAAUCACUGCUUCUUCAGUUGAGCAGAAAGGAUGAAGGUGCUAAUGUGAUGCAGAGACAAGGAACACAGGAUCCAAAUCAGUCUUCUAAACAAUUCUUUGGAUUAAUUUAAAGUCUUACCCUUUAUCAAAGAGCUAUGGAGAAGCAACCCCAAAUAAAUGUCUGUAUUACGAGUCUGGAUCUUAACCAAUCUUCGUUAUAGGAACAGGGACAUUUGCGUGAGACAUUAACAUGGGGGAUUUUUGUGGCCACAAUUAGGAAAGAGACUUCUUCCAGUUACUUCAAGGUACUUUUUUCUCUCCACGGUUGCAAGUGUUUGCUUGUUGUGGUAACUUUUGGGUUUCUAUGUAACAUUGCUUGGUCUCUGCCCUUACUUUGUAAAGUGCCUUGAGAUAAUGCACGUGUGUUAUGAUUUCUUUUCCUGUUUGAGUAUUGACAAUAUUGUGGAAGAUGCAUUUCACAAAGGUGAAGAUGUGAAUAUUGGUGUAUGGUAAAAGCCCAAAUUAACAUCUGCUAAAAAGGGAACGUGUUUCCAGCUCUUCAAUGAAUAAAUAAAGUACACUUCCUUGUCUUUGCACUGAAAGGUUUUUCCAAAAAGCAUUUUAUGUGACAGACACUGACGUUUUUGGACAUGAACGUUUUUGUGUGUAAAAGUUUGCAGUUCUCCUGUUGUUGUACUGCUGGUUGUCUUAGCUUUGACCAUCACUGGUCUGAAGUAGUUACAGUUUGUCAAAAGGAUUGCUGUUGCAGAUUGUAGUUCAAUGUUAUAUUUAGACUGUUUGUAAACCUUUACAAAUACAAACAAUUUUGAAUGCCUUUACA